CGCCAAGGGUUUGGCAGGGGAGGAAAUAACAAGAAUCCGCCCAAGAGCCCGGCGCAAGCUCAAGCUCCGCAGGGCACAAUGUCGAACUCGCCCUCGCUGACCAACAGCCUGUCCGUGGAAGGCCUCACCGCAAAUGACCCCGAUGCCCCUAAAUACUUCUUCCAAGAGAAGUACGCUCCGCUGAACGUUAGGGGUAACUUCUUGACCUUGUGUGCCUGUCCGAAGAAUGUGGAGUUAGGAGAAUGGCUGGCUCACCAGAUUGUUGAACAAUAUCGUCUACUCCACGGCAUGCUUCAGGUCAUCCAGGAGGUGAACGGUGUCACGGGCUUCCCCAUUUGCAAUGAGAGCACAUGUCCCACAAUGUCCGCAGGAAGGUUGACCUACACUUGGCUCGUGGACGGCCGCGCAGCUAAGAUUUCCGCCCCUAAAUUCAUCAAUCGCGUCGAGAAAUGGAUCGUCAGCAAAAUCCAUGAUCCCGUCAUGUUCCCUACUGAGAACGUCAACGGCAUCCCCGAAACCGCCUCAAUCAAGGACGCCGCUGCCAACGGAGCUCCCCCCGCUACCCCUACAGACCCCUCAACCCCAGCUGGAGCAAACAGCAACCCAGACGAAUGGAUUGGAAAGUCUAGUGGUUUCCCUCAGACAUUCUACAAGGACUGCCAGGGUAUCAUGAAGCAGAUGUUCCGCUGCUACGCGCAUCUGUACCAUGCCCACUGGCUGAACCCUUUCUGGCAUAUCAACAAACAUGAUAUUCUGAACAUGUGCUUUGUGCACUUCGUCACCGUUGCCAAGUACUACCAGCUGGUCUCCGACAAGGAGAUGGAGCCCAUGCAGCCUUUGAUUGACCUGUUCAUCAAGCAGCAGCGGGUCCCUCCGGAGGCGCUAAACGGUGGCCACUGGGCCCAACAGCCUGCCAUUUAG